AUGCCAGACGUCUCAGAUCACCCCCAUGCGGUCCUCACCGCCACCUAUGACUCACCCUCCGGUUCGAAAAAUUUCGAGUACACGAUCUCUGCGCCACAAAUCAAGCAGGAUGGAUCACUCGACACCGCAGCCAAAACGGAGUAUGUGUCCAAACUCCGGGCAUCAAGCAGGAAGCUACAGGAGGACAUCAACAAGUUCUUGACUGCGAAAAUGGAGGAAGACAAGGAACGGGUCGGCCAGGAAAGUCAGAGUGGUGUAUUGAAGCAAAAGACGGACGAAUUAGCAGAAGAGAACUACGGCGAAGAGGAUGAGGAGGAUGAGACUUGA